AUGGAUAAAAUAUCGACUGAAAUACCAACGAACGGACCUACUGGUUCAAUAAUGACUCCAACUGAAAAACGUGCUCUGAGUGAAGUCAUGCACAACACAAAACGUUCAGGUGGUAAUUAUGGUAGCUUAGCUAAAUCACAAAUACAACCAACAUUUUAUAUUUGUCAUAAACUUGAAAUCAAUGAUACUAUGCAAAGACUUGCUUUAAAAUAUAAUGUCAAUAUUCAGGAAAUUAAACGUAUAAAUAAAUUAUGGUCAGACGCUGAAUUAAGUUUACUUGAAAAUGUAUAUAUUCCAGUUAAUUUAUCUCUAUUAUCAACACUACGAACAUUAUAUCCAGAUUUAAAUGUUGUUCAAAAUCUAUCGCCAACUGCAAUUCGCGUUGGAAAAACAUCAACGAAUGGAAAUGAUGAAGGAACAUCAGAUAGUUCAGUUUCUAUCCAAUCUACUACAACAAAUAAUACUUCAUUUCAAGAUUAUUUUUCCAAAAUUGACCAACAAAUACAAACAUCAAAAAAAUCUUUAGAAACAUUUGAUGUUAAAAAACAACAUCUAUUACCUCAGUCAAACGAUACAUCUUAUUCAUCUAAUGAUGAUAAUAAUAAUGAUUUAAAUUCUUCUCAAAAUACACGUACAACGAUUUGGAAUAAUGGACGACAUAAAGAUAUUCAUCAUCUAUCAGAUAAUAAUAUAACAGCACAAAAUCAACGUGAAAAACAUAUUUCAGCUGCGCUACAACGAAUUCAACAAGAAAAAGAUGAUUUUGAUGAACUUUAA